CCUAAAACGAUCAAUUGGCUACAUCAUUUUCCGCCUAACUUUCGUUUAAAUAUGAAAUAUCUUUAACGUGGGGCCUCAAACUUUAAUCUCCUCUUUGGUCUCUUCUUUCAUCAACCAGUUGCCAUUUGCUCUUUCAGUACUCGUGUUAAACAAACAAAUUUCCAUUUCCAUCUUCUAAUUAUGGCUUGGGCUCUUGUUUCUGCUAUCAAGGACCAGCUUAGUUCUUUCAUUACUUCAGAGUUCACGUCAAUUGCUAAUGUCAAGGGAGAAGUCCAGAAGCUUGAAAGCAAAUUCCACACCAUCCAGGCAAUGCUCAAUGAUGCAGAGAAACGGCAAGUGAAGGAGGAAGCUGUGAAUAUUUGGUUAUAUAAGCUCAAAGACGUAUCCUACCAGAUGGACGACGUGUUGGAUAAGUGGAACACUGCCAUGAUCAAAGCCGAGAUUGAGAAACAACAAAAAGAUGAAGAAGAAAAAGCUGAAACUAGUGCUGCUAAGAAGAGGAAGGUAUGGCCCCCUAUCUCAAUUCCUAAUCUUUUUCAGCAUCGUGAUAUUGCUCAUAAGAUAAAAGACCUUAACGAAAAAUUAGAUGAGAUUGACAGAGAGGGAGAGAUGUACGAGUUUGUAUUGACUAGGGGAAAUGAAGAAGUAGUUGAGAGACCAAGAACAACUUCCUUUGUUGAUGUGUCUAAAAUUUUUGGUCGUGAUAAAGUCAAGGAUGAUCUAGUGAGAAGCCUAUUGGGCAAAGGUAGUGAAGAAGAAAUAAACCCCCAUGUUAUCUCUUUAGUGGGCAUGGGUGGUAUUGGAAAAACUACACUUGCCCAACUUGUCUAUAAUCAUCAUGAAGUAAAGGUUCAUUUUGAAAAAAAAUUGUGGGUUUGUGUUUCUGAUCCUUUCGAUCAGUGUAGGGUUGCCAAAGCAAUCGUUCAAGCUUUUGGAGGUGGUGACUCCAACAUUACUGAAUUGCAAAGUCUAUUAGAAAAAAUAUGUGAACUGAUUGAGGGGAGAAAGAUUUUUCUUGUCUUUGAUGAUGUGUGGACUGAAGACUUCACAUCAUGGGAGCCAUUUAGACUUGCACUACAAAAUGGUGCCCCUGGUAGUAGAAUUAUAGUCACCACACGUAAAAGAAGAGUUGCAGAGAUGAUGGAAAGUGCGAGCAUUAUCAAUCUGGAGGAAUUGUCUGAGGAAGAUUGUUGGUCAGUUUUUAGUAAAUUAGCGUUUUGUGAUAAGAAUUUUGAGGAGUGUAAGCAAAUAGAAGACAUUGGUAGGAAAAUUGCGAAGAAGUGUAAAGGCUUGCCACUUGCUGCAAAGACUCUAGGAAGUUUAAUGCGCUUCAAGAAAAGUAGAGAAGAAUGGGAAAUUGUUUUGUGUAGUAGUAUGUGGGAAUUCGAAGAUGUUGAAAGAGGUCUUUUUGCGCCAUUAUUACUAAGUUAUUAUGAUUUGUCCUCACCAUUGAAACAAUGUUUCUUAUGUUGUGGUGUCUUUCCAAAAGAUUAUGGCUUUUCUAGUGAUGAGUUGGUAUUUAUGUGGAUGGCACUAGGAUAUAUCAAGCCAAGGGCAAAUAUGGAGAUGGAAAUUAUUGCAAGAGAAUACUUUGAAAAUUUAGCCAUACGAUCUUUCUUCCAAGAUUUUGUUAAAGAAGAGGAUGAUGACAAGAUAAAAUAUUGCAAAAUGCAUGACAUAGUGCAUGACUUUGUGCAAUUAAUGUCAAAAAAUGAAUGCUUCACAAUUAAUAGUGACAUAAGCUUGGGAGUAGAUUAUAAAAAUGCCCGCCAUUUGCAAUUAGAACUUUUGAAAAAUGCCAAAUUUCCUGAGUCCAUUUAUAGUGCAAAAACUUUACGCACCCUCAUUUUUGAACUUCAAGGUAGUUAUAACUUAUCUACUUUAUCCCAACAUUUUAGAUGUUUACGGGUAUUAACUUUGUGUUAUGAAUAUCCUAGUAUGUUAAGGGAACUUCCAAAUGCAGUGGGAAAUUUCAUACAUUUGAGGUAUCUCUAUUUAGUCAAUUAUUGUGGAGAUGCAUUGCCUGAAACCAUUUGUAAUCUUUGUAAUUUACAAAUUUUGCAUAUUGAUUUAGUUGGUGGGUUCCAAAAAUUGCCACAGGGGAUGGAUAAAUUAAUUAACCUAAGACAUUUUAAGUUGGAUUGCAACAUUGCUAGGUAUCCAAAUAUAAAUUUUCCAAGAGGGUUUGGGAGAUUGACUUCUCUUAGAACAUUAAACCAUUUCAACGUAAAUGGUGAGGAUGAUAGUGAAAGAUGUAAAUUGGGAGAAUUAAGAAAUUUGAACCAUCUUCAAGGGACUCUUCAAAUAAAUGGGUUGGGGAAGGAGGUAGAUCAAUGUGAGGCCAUGAAUGCACAACUAAAGAAGAAGAUAAACGUUCGUACUUUGAAGCUAUGGUUUCACCUAGAUGAAUGGGAUCCUAAGGAAAUAACAAGGGGGAUGGAUGCAUUAGUUUUGAAUGCCUUAGAGCCACCUCCUAACUUGGAAGAUUUAAGCAUUCUUUACUACAAGGGACCGACAUUGUCUCCUUGGAUGGUGUCCUUGACCAAUUUGAAAAAACUUUAUUUUGAGGGUUUACUUAUAGAGCAUUUGCCUCCUUUGGGGAAACUUCCGGCCCUCACAUCAUUGACAAUAAGGAUGAUUAAUAGAUUGAAAAAGUUAGGGGUUGAAUUUAUGGGAAUAGAAGAAUCCGAAAAGGAGAAAGACGAUAUAUCAAUAACGCUAUUCCCAAAUUUGAUAACUCUCAAAUUUUACAAAUUAAGAGAGUGGGAAGAAUGGAAUGAGAAUGGAGGAGAAGAAGAAGAAGACUGUACUAGAAGAUUUGUUAUAAUGCCACGUCUUCAACAUUUGAGUAUUGAAAAUUGCCCAAAGUUAAAGUCCCUGCCGAACUUCCUUUGUACAACUCCAUUACAGCAUUUGGAGAUCUAUCAUUGUCAAAUUUUGGAGGAAUGGUGCAAAAGAGGGACAGGAGAGGAAUGGCCCAAGAUUUCCCACAUCCCUAACAUCAACUUUGAUCCAUUAUAUGGGCGGCUACAUGUAGCUGAAGGUCUCUCGCGAAUGCUGGAUCGGCAAUGGAGAAUGUUGACACGACAAAAAAGAGCUCAAUCAUUGCAAUAUUGAAAAUGGAAAUAAGAGAGCACCACUCACAAGAACAACAUGUUGUAGUUUUCUAGUUCCCCAAUGUGUCAAUGGUUGAAAGGUGCUGGUCUCUUCACAAACAUUGUUGUUGUGAGUUUAUUCAAUUUUACAAUGUUCAUAAAUUUAGCUACAAGUUCAGAUUUUUGGAUGAUGAUGGUGAAAAAUUAUUUGCGAUUGUGCAUGUGUUAGCAAAGUUCAGCUACGGCUUGAUUCGGCAUUGCAAUUCUGAUCUAGUCAUGGUGUGAAGUACAGGAGGCCCGUUACUAGUAGGAAAGAAGAAGAAACUACAUAUACCUUGGCUUUGUUAAUUUGAUCAUUUACUCCUCUACUGUAAGGGAUGCACAUUUGUCAUGAAUCAAAUUUUCAAGCAUGGAUGCUCAUUUGAGAAAGGGCCACAGAAGCAAGUCCUCUAUCAUUUCAUAAUGGAAGCAAGGAUGUGCAUCAUGGAACAUAUCAUGUGCAAUCAAUAUUAUAUGGAGGUAGAUGAAAGUGUUAUACAUUUAGGAGUUUGAUGAAUGCAAAAGUGUGCGGAUUUCAUGUCUUAGUGAUUGAAGAGUUUCAUGUCAUGGAAGAGGGGGAAGAGUGCAAUGUUACCACCAGGAAUGGAGGGGAUGAGAUGAUAAAUUCUUGCUUUUCUUUUUACCAUUGCUAGUCGCCCAAUUUGGAAUGACAUUCAAAAAUGGAAAUACCUGAAUUAGUCACCAAUAUGAGCAAGGAAAAAAGAAGAAGAAGAAGGCAAUGAAGCCAUAUUUCUAUUGUUUGCUCUAUGCAGUUCAAUUCUGAUUCACCUAUAGAAGUUGCUGUGUUUGUGCACCGUAGGGUUUUGUGACCAGGCAUGUUCUGGAUCUUUAUCGUGGAUGAACUGAAGAACUUUGCAGCCAACAACCUUCUCUAGUUGGUAAUUGAAGUCGCGUAUUGGGAUCCGCAUAAUUGGUUAGUCACGUCCUAGGAGCCGUGCAUCAAAAGGAGAAAUUGUCACUACAGAACAAGUCCAAUUGGGUAUUGGGGUAAGGGUUCAACUGUAGGUUGGUAUAAGAGGCGGAUGUGUUUCAUGGAAUGGAAGAGUGCAAAGUUGGGGAAGCCACUAGCAAGUAGAUAUGAAGAUAUUACCUAUACUUUGGAUCAAGUAACAAUCACAGAACAACGUUCUUGUUUGGUUUAUUUCCUUCAAGAUGUAGGAAACCAUAUCAAGAGUACAAGUCUGAUUUAUUUGGCCUGUGGCUAAAAUCUAAAAUGAAGAUAUUGCUUAAAUAGAAAAUUUGCUUCCUUACAUCAAUGCAAGUUUUUUUUAAUGGCAGUAGACAUAGCUCAAGAGCGGCUUGCCGGCUUUUGUGGUUUAUGAGAUUAUUUCUGAUGGACAAGGAAGAUAAGAUCAAUCUCAAAGAAGAAACCCCAUCAAGGACAUCAAGAAUUCAGUUGAGGAAGGAAAUGAGCAUGAUCUUGACACCACCACUUGCAAAGGAAAUCGAGGAAGAUGUUGCCUCCCAAAUAUAUUAUAUGCCCUUAAUCCCAGCUACUAGAGAACAUUCCUUGCUUUGCAAUAGACCUCUGAGGACAGAGAAAGGAUGUUCGGUGAGUGCUUGGGGAUGCGAGCAAGGAUUUUGAACUGCCAAGGGAAGUUCUCUGUCUGGCAUGCAACUAUUUAGUUUCUUAUAGCUUUCUCUACAUUAAUUUGUUGGGUAUGGUUGUCACUCAUGAUCCACAUCACAGAAGAAGCUCAUUAAUCUAGUAGCCAGCGAGUAUUUGAAGUUAUAAGCAUGGAGAAUGGUGUAGUGUGCUACAUUAUUGAGUUUUACAGUGAUGAAGAUCUUUUGACCUCAGAUUUCAUAUAUUGAGGCCUUAAUGUUAUCUAUUUUCUCCUCAACAUCAGGGUUAUCAUGUUGAAGCUAAAAGAUGCGCCAGAAUCUUAAUAUUCUUGAAUCAACCAGUUUGCUAAAGGUCAAGUCAACAAUUUGGCUUUAGAAGCAGGUUGUUUGUAUAUUAAAAUUGUCCGCAUGUGCACUUUUUGUGGACCAAUAAUCAAAUAAUCAAAAAAGCCUAAAUGGCUAGUGCAGCUAAUGUAUAUUCAAUUGCUGUAGGUCCUGUUAGCUUGGUUCAUGAAGGAUUUAUGCCUUGAAGUUGAUUUGUAAUUGUUAUAUAAUCCUUUUGCAUCUGAGGAGUUCGUACAGAGAUUUAAUUGCAUCGUAGAGCUUGUAAGUGUAGUGAGAGUUUUGUAUACACCAGUUACUUUUUUUUUCAUUAGCAGUAGUACUCUUUUUUCAUUUAUUACUUUAGAGAUUUGGGGAAUGAGAACCAGAUUGGUGUAACAGCAUUUCCCUAGAGAUAGCGCCAGUUCAAAGAAAAUAAUUUUGAUUUCAUUAGCUUUCUAGUUAGGCGUAUGUAACUAUGUAUGUCCCGGUCAUAUGGAAACAAUAAUUUCAACACUACAUUUCCUUGGUCCCUAUCCGAACGUUCCUUAAUGUAUUGGGCCAAUUCCAACCUACUAUCUGAUCAACUAAAUUUUGGUCCACCAUAAAAACCCAAAUCGAAUUUCCACAAUCAUUCAAACAAUCUUUUGAAAAUGAGGUGAGGUGAAACAUAUGUAGCCAUUAAUUUCAGACGAGUUUAAUGAUUUUCCGUUAGUAAGUGUCAGAUUGGGUUCAAAUGUCAGGGACCCAUAUCAUGGAGGACAAGGAAAAAGAAGUAAAAAAUAUAAAAAAGUUCAAAACCUUGCAGUAAGUGAAGAAAUUCAUUAUUCUUGUCUUGUCAUAGACCAAAUCAAUAUGAACUGUAAAUUGAUGUGAGGAAAGCAUGUAUUAUACAGCACCAGCAACAACUUUUGCAGGAGUAUUAAUAAUAGUAAGGAAU